UUUUUUUUUUUUACUAUUGGUUUGCGGAUGCAGAAAUAAGCUUUAGUUUUCUUUUGUUUCAUGCGACCAGUUUGUACACGUUGCCCAAUAACGAACCGGAUCCCGAGCGGCCGAGCCGUGCUCGCUCUUAUAACGAACCGUUGUGGCUUGAAUCGCGAGAAAGGGGGGGGCGAAAGCAAAAGUUGAAUAAACAACAAUAGCAACUUGACGAGUAGCUGGAGUGGAAGAUUGCGAAUUUGUGUGUACUUCCCCGCGAACGACGAACGAGAAGAAGACUAGCGGUGACGUACACUGCAUCUCGACAAACCGAGCCCCUGACUUAUACCGGCCGACUUAUUGCGACUUUCGAAUUGCGCCUACACACGAGCAGAAAGAGGGACAGCUGCGAGCUCGGAAGGGAUAGGAGAGGAGGAUAGGGCAUACAGAACACUGAAAUCAUGUCGAGAAUACGAAGGGACAUCCCCGAAGGAGAAAGGGCCCCAGCCCAAGAAGAGAACAUCGGUCUCCUCUCCUCCCACGACGCCUCCCAAGAACCACAACGACGCCCCUCCCCCAUCCACAGCAACAGCACCUCCUCGAGCAAAUCCUCCUCCCGCGAACGACCCCCAGGCGGGCUAUCUAUCCACCCGCCCGGCCCACGAACACCACGCACACCACACCGAGUCCGCUUCGACCUCACACCCACGUUCGUCCCAGAGGAAGCCAGGCAAUUCCCCGCUGUCCCUCCCAAACCCACCCCCACAAACGAGGACACUCACCACCACGCCAGAGCGUCGUUCGACUACUCCGAAUCAGACACCUUCAACCUCGACGACGAUGAUUACCUAUCCUCCUCCACCGCCCGCCGAGGCCACCAGCGCGUCCCUCUGCUAUCAGAUAUCACCGCCCCCUCCAUAGCCGUCGCAUCCGACCGCUCCCUAUUCGGCGACCACGCCGACGCAGAAGACUGGCACGCCUCGGAAGCAUCCCGCCCCAAAUCAAACCUGUCGUCAGCGUUCAUGAACAUGGCCAACAGCAUCAUCGGCGCGGGCAUCAUUGGCCAACCGUACGCCUUCAAGUCAGCCGGUCUCCUGUCUGGCACGUUGCUCCUCGUGGUCCUCACCGUGGUGGUGGACUGGACGAUCUGCCUCAUCGUCAUCAACUCCAAGCUCUCGGGGGCGUCGUCGUUUCAGGGCACGGUGGAGAAGUGUUUUGGCAAGCCGGGGUUGAUCGCCAUCAGCGUGGCGCAGUGGGCGUUUGCGUUUGGGGGGAUGGUGGCGUUUGGGGUUAUUGUGGGGGAUUCGAUACCGAAUGUUAUGAAGGCGAUAUGGCCGGAUUUGGCUGGAGGAAGAAUAGGGAGCUGGCUGGUGGAUAGGAGGGUGGUGAUUGUGGUUUUUACGCUGGGGGUGAGCUGGCCGUUGGCGUUGUAUAGGGACAUUGCCAAGCUGGCAAAGGCGAGCACGUUUGCGCUGGUGAGCAUGGGGGUUAUUGUUCUGACGGUGGUGGUGCAGGUCGGGUUUGUGGAGGUGGAGGAGAGGGGGGAGGUGAAGGGGUGGGAGGGGUGGGUGCUGGGGGAUGGGAUUUGGAGUGCGAUUGGGGUUAUCAGUUUUGCAUUUGUUUGCCAUCACAACUCGUUGCUCAUCUACGGCUCCCUCGAAAAACCGACCAUCGAUAGGUUCUCCAAGGUGACGCACUACAGUACGGCAAUCAGCAUGUUUGCCUGCCUCCUCAUGGCCCUCGCAGGGUUUUUGACGUUUGGGGACAAGACCCAGGGCAACGUCCUCAACAAUUUCCCCGCGGACAACACCAUGGUCAACAUCGCGAGGUUAUGCUUCGGACUCAACAUGCUCACCACUCUUCCUCUUGAAGCGUUCGUCUGCAGAGAGGUGAUGCUCAACUACUACUUCCCGGGAGAUCCGUUCAACCUCGCCCUUCACUUAAUAUUUACGUCAAGCUUGGUUUUCAGCGCCAUGACGCUGAGCCUGUUGACUUGUGACUUGGGAACGGUGUUUGAUCUUGUGGGGGGGACGAGCGCGGCGGCGAUGGCGUAUAUUUUGCCGCCGUUGUGUUAUAUUAGGCUGACGAAGAAGAGCUGGAGGACGUGGGUGGCCUGGGGGGUGGUGGGGUUUGGAGGGGUGGUGAUGGGGAUGAGUAUGGUGCAGGCGUUGGGGAAGAUGAUUAGUGGUAUGUUCUUGUUUCCUUUUGACUAUUUGUUUCCGAUGCUAACAUGAAAUAGGGGAGGGAGAGACGAAGCAGUGUUAUUAAUCAUGGCAAAGGUUACAAAAGGCAUAAUUUCGAUACCAUGGGAGGGGGGGAGUGGAUAAUUAUAUUGUUUGUCAACAGACGCCUUGCUGGGCCAACUGGUGAAACCCAACAGAGUGUUUGGUUGUGUAUAAAACGGCUUUGUGUACAUAUAGAGACUGGCUUUUGUGGUUUACUGUCUGGUCAAGAGCUCUGUAGCCUCUGGAGGUGAUUAGAUUGGCGUUGGAUGGGCGUUGAGACGUUGGAGUUUGGGGUUUUCAAGGGUAGCAUCAUUGGUUUACCUAGGUUUGAGCAGGAGAGCGGGGUCAUAAGUUUGGACUGUGCGAUUGAAAUAAGACAUGAGGUGUCAUGUUUUGACCAAUCUUGAGCA